CUGACAAGUGGAUCCAAGAUGGCGUAGAAAGUAAAGCUAGUAAUUGACUUGAAAUGCCUUACAUGACCAAGUGAGGGUACCCACGCUUCGAAUGCAUAAAACUUGGUUGGCAUUUUAAGAAGAAAGCGAUAAACAAAUCCUCCCACUCAUGAAGUCUCUCCGGUGCAUGUGAGCAUGAUGAAUUCUCUACACCAGACAUCUUCAACGUUUAUCAGAAGUUUUGUCCCUGAGUCAUGGCGGACAGGAGAGCGGAGAAGUCAUGUGAAGAAGCAAGCAGAUCGUUAGCAAGGCGGGAGUACGAGGCGGCAGUCAGCCACAGCACGGACGCCCUGGUGGUCCUUGCACCCCAAGCACCACCUUCGGGUGCCCCUGUCCCACAGAGCCCUACAUCGCUAGUGGCUGCCACCGGACCCCUGCGCAGCCGGGCCCUGCUCUUCCGAAUUGCUGCCUUCUUGCAGCUGAAAAAUUAUGAUGAAGCAGAUGAAGACUGCAAACAUGUUCUGGCAGAAGAGGUGGCCAGAGGAGACGGUUCGCUACAGGCCAGCUUGCGCUCCAUGCUGUUGGAUGGCAGCCUGCAGGAUGUUGCCAGCAUCCUCUCCAAAGCCUUGUAUGGAGAGCCAAUGAAUGGCAUUGUUGCAAAAGACCUUUCCAGAUUAAAAAUGCUCUUCUCAGAAGUAGAGUCUAUAAACGGGGAGAUGGCACCAGAAUACACAGGGGACCAGGAGGAAGAGGUCCAAGAAGGCUGGCAAUUCCGACCUCCUCCCCGAGGAGUCACCAGCAGUGAGGAGUACACACUCUGUAAAAGGUACUUGGAGCAGGGUCUUUGUCGGUACGGGGCCCAGUGUACGUCAGCCCACUCUCAGGAGGAGCUGAUGGAGUGGCAGAAGCGUUAUGCGUCACGCCUCAUCCGCCUCAAACAGCAUCAGGAGAGCAAACACUUCACAGAGAACUACAUGGAGAACCUGAUAGAGAAGUGGAUGAAUUCCCUCAGCCCAGAGAAAGUGCUAAGUGACUAUUUAGAUGGAGUGGCAGUAGAAACCAGCUCCAGCCUCUCUGUUACUGUUGCCGCCAAAAAAUCUGCCCACUCCUGGACCUUCUCGUUCUUGUGCAAGCCGGCUAGAAAGCUGUUCCGCAUCGCCCUGCUCUACGAUGCCCACCGGCCGCACUUCUUCAUCACAGGGGUCUCAUCUGAGGAGCGGCUGCAGACCCUCCCCAAAGGCUGCCAAGAGUGGACCCCAGGAGAGGAAACAGCAGUGGCGCCAGACAAUGGCCUGGACCAUUGUAUCUACAAGGUAACGGUGGGCUUCAGCACAGAAAUCUUCGGUACCUUCCGACAGACCGCUGUUUUUGACUUUGGCUCAGAACCUGUGCUGAUGAAGCGAAUCAUGGUGGAUGCUGCCUCGAUUGAAGACCUGGAACAUCUGCAGGCAGCCAGGCAGCAGCUCUUGACCACUACGAAGCGCUGGGACCCCUCCUGUAAGACCAUCGUAGAAUUUGUUCCUAAUGAGACGAUGGCAGACCUGGAGCGCAGCCUCCUCUCCAGAUAUCAGAUCCCUCUAUCGGCCGACCAGCUCUUCACCCAGUCAGUCCUGGACAAGACUCUGACCAAAGAGAACUACCAGGCCCGGCUGCAUGACUUGCUCUACAUUGAAGAGAUUGCACAGUAUAAGGAAGUUAGCAAGUUUAACAUCAAGGUGAAUCUCCAGCUAGUCACCAGCUUCAUGCUGACGGGCAUCUCUGUUGGAGCCAAGUAUGCCCAGAAUGGACAGCUCUUUGCACGCUUCAAACUCACUGAAACACUCUCUGAGGACACAUUGGCUGGACGGCUAGUGAUGACCAAGGUGAAUUCAGUCCUCGUGCUGCCGUUAGCCCGUGAUGGGUACAGCAACCAUCCGCCCCCCGGGGUGAAAGAGCGUGUUUACGAGGCUGUGAUUGAGGAGAAAACCAAGGACUACAUCUUCCUGAGGAUCUGCAAGAACUGUGUGGAGGAGCUUGGGCUACUGCCGGACAGAGAAUUACAGGUGGAGCUCCAGUUCCAGCUGAACAGACUGCCGCUCUGUGAGAUGCAAUAUGCCCUGGAUCGCAUCAAAGAUAACGGCAUCCUCUUCCCUGACAUCGCCCUUAACCCCACCAUCCCCUGGAGCCCCAACAGGCAGUGGGACGAGCAGCUGGACCCCCGUCUGAAUGCCAAGCAGAAAGAGGCCAUCCUGGCCAUCACCACACCGUGCUCCAUUCAACUGCCCCCCAUCCUCAUCAUCGGGCCCUACGGCACCGGCAAGACCUUCACCCUGGCCCAGGCUGUCAAGCACAUCCUCCGCCAGGACGAUAGCAGGGUCCUGAUCUGCACCCACUCCAACAGCGCGGCCGACCUUUACAUCAAGGACUACCUUCAUCCUUACGUCGAUGCAGGCAAUCCGCAUGCUAGACCUCUCAGGGUAUACUUCAGGAACCGCUGGGUGAAGACGGUGAACCCAUUGGUCCAGCAGUACUGUCUCAUCUCCAACACACACAUGACUUUCCAGAUGCCCACAAAGGAGGACAUCCUCAGGCACCGUGUGGUGGUGGUCACCCUCAGCACCUCCCAAUACCUCUGUCAGCUGGACCUGGAGCCUGGGUUUUUCUCUCAUAUCCUGUUGGAUGAAGCGGCCCAGGCCAUGGAGUGUGAAACCAUCAUGCCUUUUGCUCUCGCUACCAGGACCACGCGCAUUGUGCUGGCUGGAGACCAUAUGCAGCUCAGUCCAUUUGUGUACAGUGAGUUUGCGCGGGAGCGUAACCUGCACGUGUCACUGCUGGACCGCCUGUACGAGCACUACCCCGCUGAAUACCCUUGUCGCAUUCUCCUGUGCGAGAACUACCGCUCUCAUGAAGCUAUCAUCAACUACACGUCAGAAUUAUUUUACGAUGGGAAGUUGAUGGCAAGCGGGAAGCAGCCCUCCCACAAGGACUUCUACCCUCUAACCUUCUUCACAGCCCGAGGAGAAGAUGUCCAGGAGAAGAACAGCACUGCGUACUACAACAACGCAGAGGUGUUUGAGAUCGUGGAGCGGGUGGAAGAGUUGCGUAAGAAGUGGCCGGUGGCGUGGGGUAAGCUGGACGACGGCAGCAUUGGAGUGGUGUCACCGUACGCUGACCAGGUGUUCCGCAUUCGUGCCGAGCUCCGAAAGAAGAGAAUGCAUGAAGUCAGCGUGGAGAGAGUGCUCAACGUCCAAGGUAAGCAGUUCCGGGUGCUGUUCCUCAGCACGGUGCGGACGCGGCACACGUGCAAACACAAGCAGACGGCCAUCAAGCGCAAAGAGCAGCUGGUUGAGGACUCGACAGAGGACCUGGACUAUGGGUUCCUCUCCAACUACAAGCUACUCAACACGGCCAUCACCAGAGCCCAGUCCCUGGUUGCAGUGGUGGGAGACCCCAUAGCACUGUGUUCUGUUGGACGAUGCAGAAAAUUCUGGGAGCAUUUCAUCUCCAUCUGCCAUGAAAACUCCAGUCUGCACGGCAUCACCUUCGAGCAGAUCAAGUCUCAGCUGGAGGCCCUGGAGCUAAAGAAGACCUACGUCCUCAACCCACUGGCCCCAGAGUUCAUCCCCCGCGCCCUCAGGCCACUGCUCGGGCACCACGCGCCUUCGCUGUCCCUCCACCCCCUCCACCACCCACAUCCUCAGCAUGUACAGGCCUCCUCCAGCAAGCAGGGUCCGCAGCAGCUACAGCAGCAGCAGCAGCAGCCAUCCCCCCCUAAGGGAAAACAUGCCAACCACACAGAGCAUCUACCACCGGAAGGAUAUGCGCAACCCAACCCAGCCGUGUUGAUGGGAAACCCAAUUCGGGCAUUCAGCCCACCCUUGGGAGGCACACCAGCUGGCAUGGGCAAGUCACCCAGUCCUGUUCAGAGGAUAGAUCCUCACACCGGCGCCAGUAUCCUCUACGUCCCAGCUGUGUACGGUGGAAACAUGGUCAUGUCCAUGCCCCUGCCUUUGCCUUGGCCAGGUUACCAGAAUCGCUUUGCUGUGGAUCCUCGCAUCAUGAGCCACCCGGCGGCCAUGGCCUACAACUUCAAUCUGUUGCAGGCCCAGAAUCGAGGGUCCCCCAUCCCCUACAGUGGGGUCGGGCACCCCUCUCCUCUCGGGAUGGGCCAGCCCAGCCCCGACAAGGAGCUCCAGGCUGACCCCAUCAGAAAUGGUAAAUUAGAAGGAUGUCCAAAGCCAGAACAGAGCCGUCUUCAUACACCAGAGAGGAAAACCGCAGACAUGAAGGAAAAACAGGGUGAUUUAGACACAGGCCAGAGUCGAAGUCUAGACUCCCAGACUGACGGGAUUGGUGGAUUUCCCAAUGCGAUGCUGCAUCGAAAGGAUCCCUCAGCUGCCCAAAGACCCCUCAACUACCACCUGGCCCCACCCAACCCAGCUUUCCCCCCACAUCCUGCCAGUGGGAGGGCUUUCCCCCCUCAGUAUCCGGUCUCCAGACUUCCCUAUCGGGUCGGCCAGCCCCCUCAUCCCGGGAUGCCCCCCCAGAGUCAGCAGCUCAGCCCUGCCUACGCUGGUGGCAGCCACAACGCUUCCUUCUUCAGUGGCACCAUUCCCCCCCACAGGGCCGUCCAGUCUCCCACUAUGGAUGGGUCGGAGUCCGUAGGGGUGGAGGAGAUGAGUAGCUCCAUUAGGACUCCAAUGGGCCACGCGGGGGUCCACCACCCAGGCCUGUCGCAGCAUAACAGGGUCAACAGCUUUGGGGAGGACGGACAGGAUGGAAGCAUGGGAGAGAGUUUGGACCUCCAUGGGCCCAUGGCUCUCGAGGCCCUGAGCCAGCAGCAGCAGCAGCAGCAGCAGCAGCAGCAGGCAGCCAGGCUGGGCCAGUGGAACGAGGCAGGCCCUUUCCUCCAGGGCGGCGUCGCCUUCCCUCUGCCUCAGCAGCUCGCCCACCUGGCUCAGCCCGGCAUGGCUCGAUUCCCCCAUCAGCUGCUCCGGGCUGCGAGCUGGGGCCUCGGUACCAACAUGGAGGACGAGGCUGUAACCUCUGCCACCUCUGGGCCGCCUUUCAACAGGUACCCGGGUCUCUUGAGAGAGAUGCCCCCUCAGGAACAGCCUGAACCCAGGGAUCCAGCUGAAAUGCAGCCUCCACCUCAAUCCCGUCUCCUCCAGUACCGCCAGUCUCAGUCCCGUUCCUCAGGUGACCCUUCAUCCUCAUUGGCCGCCACCUCCAAUCAUGCUGGCCCUUACCCAUCAGGACCCUACUCCCAUGACCCAGGCCGUGACAUGCUCAAUGAAAACCUUCUGAACAACCCAGCUCUGCAGCAGCACCCGGCCAACCCCCUGUAUAACGCUGGUAACUACCCACAUCAACCCCCUGCCCACUCUGGCAGCCCCCCUUCCUCCCAGGUCAAAUACCUUCUGCAAGAGGCCCAGUGGCCCCAUGGUGGAGCUGCGUCAGUGAGCCCACCACAGCAGAACCACCUGUUGGGGAACCAGGGUCACAGCCUUCCUUAUGCCAUGCCCAUCAUGGCUCAUCCAAGCAGGCAGCAGGAGCAAGUCCACCUGAUGCAACUUCACCAUCAGCACCAGCAGCAGCAGCAGCAGCAGCAACAACAACAGCAGCAGCAGCAGCAACACCAACAACAACAACAACAACAGCAGCAGCAGCAGCAACAACAACAGCAGCAGCAACAACAACAACAACAACAACAGCAGCAGCAGCAGCAGCAACAGCAGCAGCAGCAGCAGCAGCAGCAGCAAAGUCAAGGUCCAGACCAGGAGUCCUACCACCCUCUGUCGCCCAGAACAUCAGCAGCCACAGCCCUUCACAAUGUAGAUGAGUAUGAACCAAGAGGUCCGGGCCGGCCCCUCUAUCAGCGCCGCAUCUCCUCCACCUACCCGGAUGAUUCGUCUCCAGCCAACGCCCACGCUGCCUUGUCCCAGCAGCCCCAGCCCUGUCCGUCAGACCCCCAGGAACACCCUCAUCCACACAUACAGCACCAUCAGCACCCACACGCCCCCUACGGUUACCCCCCACAUGACGUCUGGCCGAGUAACGGCGGAGGCCCCGGUCCUGGUCCGUUCCAGAACAUUCCAUGUAACGGAGCCGCCACCCUCGCUCAGCACCGGGACUUAAUGGCUGCCAAAGCCCUUCGUCAGACGGAGGAGCAGGCGAAGGCCGAGGCCACAGCAGGACAGCAGACGCACCCCCACUCCCUCAACUCCCUUCAGCACCUCGGACAGUUUCCUCCUCUCAUGCCCAAUAACAAGCAGCAGCAGCAGCAGCAGCCGCCACAGCAGCAGCAGCAGCCGCCACCGCCGCCGCAGCAGCAGCAGCAACCCCCCCCACCCCCCCCACCGCAGGCUCCCGCAGAGGCCAGCCAGGGGGCUCCAAAUUUAAGCAAACCACCCACCAUGUCCUACGCCAGCGCCCUCCGCGCUCCACCCAAACCCCGAGCUGUUCGCCCUGAACAGGCCAAAAAGAACAGCGACCCCCUCUCCCUCCUACAAGAGCUGAGUAUAGGAAGUUCAAAUGGUAGCAAUGGGUACUAUUCCUACUUUAAAUAAGUGUCACCUCUCCCACAUUAUAAGUAAGUACUGAAAUAUAUAAAACAAAAACAAAAAAGGUAAAACUGUUUCUAAAAACACAAAAAAAAAUAGUACAAAGUGCAUUUAUAAAUUGUUUCUAUCAGUAGGUUUUUUUCUGCAUUUUUGUUUCAUUUUAACUUUUUAUUUGUAACAGUCCUUUUUUCUCCUGUUUCACAUAUCUGUGAAGAAAAUAAGUAUAUAUAAUGAAUGCAUUACCGGUAUAUAUACAUACUCAUUAUGUAUAUAUGAAUAUAUACUUAUAUUAUCUACACUUGUAUAUGUACGUAAUGCUAAAAAAAGUUAUAAAAAAAAUAAAAUAUAAAAAGGUGAGAUUCGGUUGACCACUUGGCUACCUCCAUAUUUUUCCUUAUUGAAGUUGGUUUUGUUGGUUACUAGAAAAAGUAUGUUGACGGUUUUAUCACUUUGUAUUCCUCAGUUUUGAGUGGACGUUGCGUCUUGAUUUUCAAACUACUGUAGUUGUGGUAACGGACAAAAGCUAAGUGGUCAACCGACACAGAAACUACAUGGAACAGUGUAUAGAAGUAGAUACAUUUUCCUCUAAUCUGUAAAUAUAAAGAAAAUAAAAGACUGAAUUGUAUGCCACAGACAUGUCCUUAAAUUCCUGUAUCAUGCUAGCAUUUGCAUUAUGAAUUAUUUUUGUUUGUUGGCUUCUGAUCCUUAAUUCUUAGACAUCCUGGAAAUAGCUAGGAAUUAUCUUCAGUAAUUUAGUAGUAAAUGUGAUUGUUUUCAAAAAAAUGACAAUUUCAUAUUUUACUUUUCACCAAUGUCUCAUCAGCAACAAAAGAUACAGUGUAAAAAAGUCCGAAAAACAACAACCUCUCAAUUCCUCCUUUGUUUGUGUUAAGGAUCAGAGAACACCAGACACCACUUUCUAUGAUAGGAUUAUCCCAAACUGCUUUGCUUGUGGCCGAUUCUCAGUCAUUUGAUUUCUUUAGUUCGUGUCAUCAAAAAGCUACACCACGGAAAUGGUUUUAAUUACUGCUGACGAUAUGCAAUGUGUUUUGUCACUAAUUGACGUUGAGCUUCUUUUGAAAAGGUUGCAGUACUCUGAGGGUUUGUGAAAGUGAAGAGAGUGGUGGGGUCAGUGGUGUGUCAUGAUGGGUAAGUGGAAACUGAGGGUGUGAUCAACACUGCCAGUCAGACGCUUUUGAACACGCUAAAUGUGUGCUUUUUUGGUUAAAUCAGAAGUAUAUUGAGACUGUAGAGACAUAGAAAAUACCCCGACAUUUAAAAAUACACAUGAAUUACUCACAAAUGUGUUUUCUCAGAGCAGUACUGGAUCUUUGUCACCGUAGCAAACAGCGCUCGGAUCACUGCUGCUGUAAUAUGCUCAGCGUAGGUCUCGUAGAUGUUUUGUAGCCAUGCAUUUCCCAGUUUCUUGAAUCCCUUCACUUUGUAAGAUAGAUUUCCCAAAGACCAAAGUCUCUAUUUUCUUUAAGACAAUCUUUAAAUCUCUUUGUCAUAUAAAUAAUACACAUGCAUCUCAUCCAUUAGCCAAUAUGUGCUCCAAGUUCUACCAAAAACAUUGAUCAUUGUCAAUAAACAUCCUCCUUACCAUAUUUGGGGAAUUGUAGAUCGUUCGAUGGAAGACGUUUUCCCCAUCAUCCUUUCCAACAGUCUGCUUGAGAUUUAACCAAAAAGGUAACAAAGUAAAAGUCACUACACUACAAGCUGUUCAAAGACUGUGCGUGAUACGAAGGAAUCGGUCACGUCUUAUUCGUUGUUAUUCAGAUAGUUACAUUAUUCACCUUUUCAGUCCCAUUGAUAUAUUAAUAUUAGAACAGAUUGAAUAAUCUCAUUCACUUCAAAUCAAAAUGAAAUGGCUCUGGAUGUAUUUUACAUUUGCGACGUUCAAAUGACCUUUUUACCUCUCACCAAAAAAACAUGAACAUGACACAUUCAUUUGAGUCCCAAAUCUAAAAAGAUGUUGAACUAUAUCUGCCAAGGUUUUUCUUUAAUAAUAAACGCAAUGCUGGAAGCAGUCAUCCAGUACUCAAUUCUGUUAUGCAUUUCAUUUGAAUUGUUAAAAUACCACGGCCCCAUUUGCAAAUCGAUAAAGUUGUACCAAAAGCAUGGUGCUGUUCGGUGGCUUUCAUACGGCAGCGAGUCACCGUUCUGUCUCUUAAAGCGUUCCUCAGAUAGCUACAUUGCCCUACAGCUAUUUACAUAGAUGUGUUUUUAACACUCAGCGGAGAGCUUCAUGUUCUUAUUCCUACGUUUUUAAGUUUUCACAUUGUCAUUCAAAGGCUCAGAUCUUUUGACUUGGCGGAAAACAACACAUACUUGUAAAUAUGCAUUUUGUAGGUAUUUACAAACAAACUUUGGGAGCGCCUCGAUUUUGUAGAAGCUGUUCAAAGAAGAGGUAUGCCCUUUUUAAUUAUGCAAAGCAAAAAAAGAAUAAUCCUAGGAAUAAUGAACGACAACAAUAACCCAGUGGAUAGUUGCAACAUCUUGUAACCUUUUAGAUUGUUUUGAUAAGAUGGUGUCUGGCUGAUUUGACAAAGAGGAGAGUUUCUGUUUUCAGACGACUUAUUUCACUGUACAAUACAUAUUGGAAAGUAUAUGUUGCUGGAUUUGUCCUGUAUUGUUUUCUCACAACAAUCAACAUAGAUUGAUUUCUUUUUGUUAAUGUGAAGACUUUUUUUUUCUUUUCAUGCAUGUUGAGAUGACCUGGCUGGUUUUAUCCCUGUUUUUAUCAGUUUGUAUUGAUUUGUGAAUGAAUUAAAAAGUAAAAAAAAAAGAAAAAAAAAAAGUUUAUGUUCAACCUUCAGAGACAAAUUUUGGUAUAUUAUUUGAUGUGUACAAUAACUUGUGACAUUAUCAACAAAAAUAUUAUAAUAUUUUACUAACAUGUCAAUCAAAUAUGUAAUGGUCAUUUAAGUCCUUUUUUUUCUGCUGUUACUUAGCAGGGCUGAAGCUCAGGUUGCUCCCUGCUGUGUGUCAUCUUUACAAAACUUACUUUGCUUAGCAAAUGGCUAAUCUCUGAAGUUGUGCAAUACUAAUAUUUCACCGCUUCUUCAUUUUUAUUUAUUUUGAAGCAGAAGAGAUUGAGCCAAAGACAUUUUAAACAGAUGUUAUUUACAACUUGUCAUCAAUGCUGAUUUGUAAACUUUUAAGACUUUGUUCCAAAAAUGAGUUUGCCAUGAUCUUUACUGUGAAACUAAAGGUCUUUAAGUUGGAUUUGAAAAUGUUUUCACCUUGCAAUAUUGAACCAUGUUUCAUUAUAUUAAUUAUUCUCUUUAAAAAAAAUCAGUGUUGCCUUUUUAAAGAAAACAAACCAGUUUGUGUGGCACAUGGAGAGGGAGCAACCUUUUGCCCAGCCAGUAGAGAGCACUGUGUUAAGCCUUCUAUAAACGCCACAUCUCUUCCUGUUCUCUGUUGGCUCUCCUCUGUCCCUCCCUCCCUCCCUCGCUGCAGUGAAUCAAUGGCUCACCUGUUCUCCCAGCCUCCCAUUCCCAUUGGUUCCUCCCUCGUGGGUACACAAAUAAUGAAUAGAUCUGUUUUACUCUUCUUCAUUUCAAUUGGUGGUGGUUAUAAUCAAGGAUUUAGACUGUGUUUCAAAGGUUUAUUUUCUUUUUUUAUUUGUUUCUCUAUUAAAGUGUUUUUAUUGAAACUUC